ACAUAUUAGUGUUUAGGUUAAAUAACCCUUGUUUAUUUUGUUUAGUCCCAAUUCCAUUCAUACUUGCACUGACUCAGGUCGGAAACAUCUUUCUUUCAUUUUGAUCGAUUUGAGAAAGAUGUCCAGAAAUUCAAAAGUUUCGCCGGAGCUUCCGCUGAAGAUCCGGAUGUUCAGCUUCCCAUUCUUUGGAGGCCAAGAGCGGACCGAAUCUGAAAUCAACCUUGCCGGAGCUCCUUUUGUUUCCGUUGAGCGAACGGACUGGCUAUGGAAGGCGUUUUUGCCUGAAGGGUCGGACCGUGACCAUCCGGUGGCAAACGUGUUUGGACCAAAUUCCAAGGAUAUCACAGGUUUGAAGUUUCCGGCCACAGUCGUAUUUGUUGGGGGCUUCGAUCCAUUGAAAGAUUGGCAGAAGAGGUACUACGAGGGAUUGAAGAAAUGUGGAAAAGAAGCGUAUUUAGUUGAGUAUCCAAACGCCAUUCAUACGUUUUAUGCAUAUCCAGAGGUGCCAGAGUCUGCUUUGUUCAUCAAGGAGCUCAAGGAUUUUAUGGAAAAGUAAGCAAAGUAAUUGAUUCCCAUCAAUUAGAGGAGGAAGAAAAACUAUAAAAUCUUAAAUUCCAUUUAAUAUGGUUGCGAUUUUAAAUUUCUUGUUUUAAUUUUUAUAAAUUAUAUAUACAUCUUUUAAUAAAGAACUUUUUAUUUU